AUGAUGAAGGAAGCCUCGAUGCAUACACCACCCCCUUCUACCUUUGGUUCACUUUGUCCAAAACAACAAGCUGAAACCACCAUGGCAUCAUCUUGGCAACCCAAUGACCGCUUUGACUAUCUGAAGGAUCGACUGGAUAAAAUAGACAGAGCGCAAUCUGCAAUAGAAGCAGAAGAACCAAUGCAUAAUUUUACAUGUUCAUUGCUGCAAUUGAAAGAUGUCCGACUUCAAGAAGCAGUCGUCUUCAAGAAAGGUAACGAGACGCUACUAUGCCAACUCGAAGAAAUAGGAGCUAUCCCAACACUCUUGAAUGCAAUUGAGCGAUUCAAUGGAGAGUCCUCACCCGAGUUCAAUAACAGUGCAUGUAUUGCCAUAGUUCACUUUGCGUUCCAAAGCAAAGAGAGAUCAUGUGAGAUUUUCCAAAUCGGAGGAUUCCAAACGAUUGUCCAAAUGAUGGAAACCUACCGAGCAAUCGACUUUAUCCAGAUCAUUGCAAUUGCUGCUCUCAUGGUGGUUGGGAAAAAUUCUGGCAUCGAGAAAUAUGAUUUGGAGUGGACGAUACUACACGAAAUUGUUGUCGCAAUGGAAUACCACCAAGAAUCAUCACAUCUCUAUAUAGUUGCUUGUUCGGCAUUGGGGUCACUUUUCGGACCAAACAGUAUGACCAUGGUGCCAGAAACGGACGCUGGGGUCGAAUUAUACUAUCGUGCGAUAGAUGCAAUAUGCUUUGGCUUGGUAAUACUUCAUCUUGAUGAUCGAGUAGCACAAAAACUUGGAAAGGACCUGUUAUUUUGCUUGGUGGGUCAACAGGUAGCAGAAGAAAUGAUGUUUUACGUUGAGAGCUCAUAUGGGGUAUAUACUGCUGCCGCUGCCUGA